CGGAACUGGGCUUUAGGGAUUUUAUCUGCAUACUGUGCUCGGUUCUACCCGGGGAUGCUAACGGAAUCACGACUACAAUCAUGCGUUCAUCAACAGACGAAAAAUAAACAUUGUAACGGUGUUAUUCCGUUUAUAAUAGUAAUAUUUUAUGAAAUACCGUGCAGAAUAAGCAGCAACAUUUGACAUUUUGGGAGACUGGACCUACACAGCAGACAACCACCAUGGCAGACAGUUUUAUGGGCAAGGCAGCUACCAUGGAGAUUCCUAUCAACAGCAAUGGAGAGACCCUGGCCGAGGAUGACAGUUUGGAGCAGGCUGCAAAGAUUCAGUGGACCUUAGAUGAGAAGGACCUGCAGCAGGUGAUGGUGUCUGGUCCCAACCUGAAUGAGACCAGCGUCGUGUCUGGAGGCUACGGAGGACCUGCAGGGGGCAUCAUACCCACCUCCUCCAUCAAAGACCUGCGAAUGAAGUCCAGGGGACAGGGUGUAGGUCUGGUCUCCAGCCAGUCAGCAGCCAGAAUGAUAACCAACCAGAACCAGACCGACCAGCCGUUCACAGGUACCACUGGACUAGGGUUGAAAAAUUCCAGGUUUACAGAAAUCCUGGUCAGAAGAUUUCCGGAAUUGGAAGGGUCGGGGAUGCACCACAGUAACAGCAACCAGAACAUGUCAGUGGAGGAGGCUAACCGUGGUGUGGCUGUGGAGAAACUAGACAGCGUUAAGAAGUGGGGCAUCAACACCUACAAGUGUACCAAGCAGAUGUUCUCGGAGCGGUUCGGCCGUGGUUCUCGGACGGUGGACCUGGAGCUGGAGGCCCAGAUAGACGUGCUCAGGGACACCAAGAGGAAGUACGAGUCUGUCCUGAGACUGACCACCGCCCUGACCAGCCACUUCUACAACAUGGUCCAGACCCAGCAGGCCUUGGGGGACACCUUCGCAGACCUCAGCCAGAAAUCACCUGAACUUCGGGAUGAGUUUGGCUACAAUGCGGAGACCCAGAAGUUGUUGUGUAGGAACGGGGAGGCUUUGCUUGGUGCCAUCAACUUCUUUGUGUCCAGCAUCAAUACACUGGUCAACAAGACCAUGGAGGACACACUGAUGACCAUCAAACUGUACGAGGCUGCAAGGCUGGAGUUUGAUGCGUACAGGGCCGACCUGGAGGAGUUGAGUCUGGGUCCUCGUGAUGCUGCCACCAUGGUGCGUAUAGAGGUGUCCCAGCAGCAGUACCAGGUGCAGAGAGACAAGUACGAACGGCUGCGCUCAGACGUCACCAUCAAACUCAAGUUCCUGGAGGAGAACAAGGUGAAGGUGAUGCACAAGCAGCUGCUCCUCUUCCAUAAUGCUAUCUCAGCCUACUUCGCUGGGAACCAGCAGCAGUUGGAACAGACACUGAGACAGUUCAACGUCAAGUUAAAGCCCCCAGGGUCAGACAAGCCCUCCUGGCUGGAGGAGAGCUAGAGUGAUUAGCUCCCAGUCCUCUGGGCCCGUAUCAAGCAUCUCCGAGUACGAAUACUGAUCCAAGAUCAGUUUUGCCUUUUUAGAUCAUAAUGAAUCAGAUUAUAUGGCUAGGCAGGACUUGAUCUUAGAUCAGCACUCCUACUCUGAGAUGCUUGAUACGUACGGCCCCAGGUCUCAGUCAGGUCUCUGGUAUAAAUGGGACACACAGAUGGAGAGACACACUGGGCUUGGAAGAAACAAGAGGAAUGGAUAGACGGAUGAACAGAUAUAUGUAAUCUACACGAACUGUAUAUAAAAACUAGAGAUGGGACAAGUAGAGACUAGUGAUGAUGAUACUAAGGGGAAAAGAAUGCUUAUCUAGUUUCAUUUAGUUUUGCCAAUUUGUUUAUAGAACGUCUAUUUUAUGUUGAUUUGUUGUGUUAAUUAUUCACAACAGAGCCUCAUGCUAUUGUUGCUGUGUAGCGUGACUUUUAAUUCAUCAUACUUUGAGAAAUUAUUCUAAGUUUAUACUUUGCACAUAAAUGUAAUCAUUCUUUUCAAACUGUUUUCGCUCUUUUGUAAAGUGUUAUGUAAAGCUUCCAGAGGUCGUCAUUUGAAAGGUCAGUAAACUGUUUACAUAUGUAGAGGAUAUCAAGAAUCUGGACCAGUUACAUUGUUUGCACCAGGUGAAGAUUAGAGGUAGAUUUAUGAAAGCGAAGUGAGAAACCUACAGUCUGUGGUAUACUAUUGAUGACAGAAAUGAUGGGUUAAAGGGGCAAUCCUGGAUUUGUAAAACAAGCAGUCAAGAAUCAAUGGCUAUAUAUCAUGAAUUUAAGUUAAAAAAAAUGGAUUUGAACCAAUUCCAUAUUGCCCCUUUUUCUAUCAAUGAUUUUGAGUACAGGAAGUACGACUUUUUCAUUUACAAUAGAUAAUCUCCCUCUGAUUAAUCCUACAGAUAAUGUUAUUACACGUGUUUAUUAUGUUAUGUCUUUAUAACAUAUAUCCCAAUAAUCAAAUAGAAUUUAUAUAUGUUUAUAAAAAUACCUCUACUAAUUCCAUUGAUGUAUGUUCUUGUUUUUUUCUCCCAUUUCUACAUCAAUAUUGUCUCCAUUUAAAAAAAAAAAAAACAUAUGGACCUGGUGUACAGUAUAUGAAAUGGUGGUUUAUAGUAUAUGGUUUGAUGUUUCCAUACAGACUUUAUAUUUCCUCACAAAAGCUGUACAGUAAUAACACUCGUCCAUCUGCUGUCCACUGAGUAUAUUGUAGUCAUCACCUGUAUAAGUGCUGUACCAUAUUGUGUUCACAUAUUACAUGGCAAUACAAUCCAAAACAUGGCUGAAAAAUGACUGGAA